AUGGGGGCGCCGCCGCAGACGCCCUGGGUUUCCAAAAGCCUUAGACUGUCUCCAACCCAGGACCAGGGGGCGGAGCGCAGGUGUGCGGGGCGGAGAGCGAGAGCCUUGCGCGCCCGUGAGCGCAAGUGUGGUGCGCGCGUGACUGCGCCGCCUCUCCUCCCCCCGGGGGAGUGUGCGGCGCGGAGUCUGGGUCCGGGUGAGGAGGACAGGCAGUUAGGCGAGAGUGCUCUCCACUGGUCUAUCGGGCACGCCUGGCUUGGCUUCUGCCCUCGGUUCCCCGCCCCAGGGGCUGGGCACCCUAUGAAGCCCCAUCGCUUGGCAUUGACCCAUAGUCUGGUCCUGCACUACGGUCUCUAUAAGAAGAUGAUCGUCUUCAAGCCAUACCAGGCCUCCCAGCAUGACAUGUGCCGCUUCCACUCUGAGGACUACAUCGACUUCCUGCAGAGAGUCAGCCCCACCAAUAUGCAAGGCUUCACCAAGAGCCUCAAUGCCUUCAACGUGGGCGAUGACUGCCCAGUGUUUCCCGGGCUCUUUGAGUUCUGCUCCCGUUACACAGGCGCGUCUCUGCAAGGAGCAACCCAGCUGAACAACAAGAUCUGUGAUAUUGCCAUUAAUUGGGCUGGUGGUCUGCACCAUGCCAAGAAGUUUGAGGCUUCUGGCUUCUGCUACGUCAAUGACAUUGUGAUUGGCAUCCUGGAGCUGCUCAAGUACCACCCUCGGGUGCUCUACAUUGAUAUCGACAUCCACCACGGUGACGGGGUUCAGGAAGCCUUCUACCUCACUGACCGGGUCAUGACGGUGUCCUUCCACAAAUACGGAAACUACUUCUUCCCUGGCACAGGUGACAUGUAUGAAGUUGGAGCAGAGAGUGGCCGCUACUACUGCCUCAAUGUGCCCCUGCGGGACGGCAUUGAUGACCAGAGUUACAAGCACCUUUUCCAGCCGGUUAUCAACCAGGUGGUGGACUUCUACCAACCCACGUGCAUUGUGCUCCAGUGUGGCGCUGACUCUCUGGGCUGUGAUCGAUUGGGCUGCUUCAACCUCAGCAUUCGAGGACAUGGGGAAUGUGUCGAGUAUGUCAAGAGCUUCAAUAUCCCUCUACUGGUGCUAGGUGGUGGUGGCUACACUGUCCGAAACGUUGCCCGCUGCUGGACCUAUGAGACAUCACUGCUGGUAGAAGAGGCCAUUAGUGAGGAGCUUCCCUAUAGUGAAUACUUUGAGUACUUUGCCCCGGACUUCACGCUCCAUCCAGACGUCAGCACCCGCAUUGAGAAUCAGAACUCACGCCAGUAUCUAGACCAGAUCCGCCAGACAAUCUUCGAAAACCUGAAGAUGCUAAACCAUGCACCCAGCGUCCAGAUUCACGAUGUACCUGCUGACCUCCUGACCUAUGACAGGACAGAUGAGGCUGACGCAGAGGAGAGGGGUCCCGAGGAGAACUACAGCAGGCCAGAGGCACCCAAUGAGUUUUAUGAUGGAGACCAUGACAAUGACAAGGAAAGCGACGUGGAGAUUUAAGAGUGGCUGGGCUUGCUGUGUCCCCAGGAAUUCCUUUUUACCUCUUGGUUGGGUGGGAGGGAAAAGGUGUGAUUUCCCCACUCCUGGUCUGGUGACUUCCAGGGUUUUUACCAGUGCUGGGGGAGGGUUUGGAGACCACAUCUGGUUCUUGAACCAACUAUCCCCUUUCUUCUCCCUCCUAAGGCCUGACAAUGGUACCUAUUAGGGAUUGGAUGGGGACAAGGAUAGCCAUCUCUAGGAUAUCCUGGGUAGUGGGCCCUAGAGGCCAGUCCCAGCCCUUCUGGCUCCCUUAUUCCUUUCCUGCUUUCUUCUGACCUAGAGAUAUUAGGGAUGAGGAGGUAGAACUGAGGUUGCCUCCAAGUCCCUUCUCUCCUGGGUCCUCCUAAUGUAGGCCUUGCAUCCAGUGCAGGUGAAGUGUAAGGGAUUUUAGGGGGCUCUGGCUCCCUAACACCUUAACCCAGAUGAUGAUGCGGUUUUGAGAUGGGGGAGGAUGUGAAAAUGUCCUGUCCUGACUUUUGGUUUUAUGUCCAUUUUACCACUGUUUUUAUCCAAUAAACCAAGUUGGGUUUUUUUU